AGUUUAUGUUGGUGACGGGGACGGGGGCCGAGGACAGCAUGGAGAUGAUCACCACCAGCACAUCGGGUCGACACGGAGGCGAGUCCCGAGCGAAGUGGAAGAGAACCCGCAGACUGUGUCCGUCAAACACGGUCACAGAUCUGAACUCACCAGUAAGGCCUGCAUGGCCUCCCACUCUUGUGGAGACUGGAUCUUGUGGGCCAGGAGCCUGGUGGCCAGCUGAGGUCUGCAACACAACCAACACGUGAAAAGGAGCCGCAGCUCUGCAGCGCCCUCCAGCGACAGCUAUUGUGCGCUUCACUGAUUGUUGAGCACAACAAGGAGAAGUAUGGAGCGAGUAACGGGAUUUGCUUUAAACCAGGACCUGUUCUGUCAGAAGGAGCCGGAGUGUUUGCAGCGCUGCGGGUAUCAGGAGGACAGUUUAUUGUGAGGAGCUGGAUGAUGGUUUAUGAUGGAAGCAGCGACAUGGAGGAGUGAGAGGAGCCGCUGAAACUGUUUGUGGCGCAAAGCGAUGCAGACUGGCCCUCCGUGCGCUGGCACCUCCGUUUUUUCGUUGACAAAGCAGCAUAAAAGAAGAAAGCGCAAGUUCCUUCCUGCCUGCCGCUUCGUUUGGCCGCAGGUUUGUGCGCAGAAAUAGUUGCUGUGGUUUUCGCAGAUGCUGGCUUCCUGGAUCAGACUCAGACGUGCCAGCUGAACUUCAUAUCGAGCUCAUAUGGUGCCAUGCUGACCCGGUCCGCAUGUCAAAGUGUGGAAUGGCAUCACAGAGGGUCUUACAGGACUGGUGCCGCGUCAUGUGCGCCAACUACCCCAGUGUGGACAUCAAGAACAUGUCAGCCUCAUUCAGAGAUGGACUUGCUUUCUGUGCCAUCAUCCACAAACACCGCCCUGACUUGAUAGAUUUCAGCUCCCUCUCCAAAGAUAAUGCUUAUCAUAAUAACAAACUGGCAUUUGACGUUGCAGAAACGAAGCUGGGGAUCCCUGCACUGCUGGAUCCACAAGACAUGGUUUCCACCGAGGUGCCUGACUGUUUAAGCGUCAUCACCUACCUUUCUCACUACUACUACUACUUCAACAAGAAGGCUUGUGGUCCUGCCAGAUCUCCACACCUCUCUGUCUUAAACAAUCUCACAAAGAGUAGAAGUUCUGACGGUCUGAAACGCCUGAAGAACCUGACUGAUCUGGAAACCAGUGGAGAAGAUCACUUUUCGAACACGAGGCCACAAAAAGUGUGUAGUUUGUGUUUCAAGCCUGUGCACCUUAUACAGAGACAUUUAAUAGAUGGAAAGGUUUACCAUCGCAGUUGUUUCAGGUGCAAAGUGUGUCACAGCACUCUUUUAGCCGACUCUUAUACACGAGGAAGUGAUACUGGCUCCUUGAUCUGCACUUACCAUACAGUAGAUGGUAAAAGCACUUACAUCAACCUCAGUCAGCAACCUGGAUCUUCUGAUAAUCAGCCUGAAUCCAAGUUUCAGGAAGUUUUUUUUUCUCUGGCGGGAUUAGCUAUCACAAGCGUCCCUCGUUACACUAAAAAACCAGAGUCACAGGUCAGACUGGUUUCUAGAACAACAGAAGCAGAUGAGAGGGAACGGCAGGAGAGGAGCCGAGAGAUUAAAAACAGGGAAUCUCCUGUUGGACCUCCUCGUCUUCCUCAACCCAGUGUUAAGGACAAAAUGGUGAAGGGAGGUGAGCAAAAUCAACCUGCAUCUACAGUGGGAAACAGGGAAGUAGAGCAGAACGCAACAGAAACCCCUGAGCUCUCUUCUUCUGGUGCAACAGAAGGAAGUCGUCCUGUUCCAGCCCCCAGACGGAUGUUAGACUCCUCUGGCGUUCCUGUUCCUGCACCCAGGAUCAAAACAUCCCAGACGAUGAUCAGCUCCCCAGCUGCAGGCAGUUCAUCCAGCCCAAGUAAAUCUCCACCUACUUCGUCUCACAUCAACAGCCCUAAAGUGCAAACCAACCACCCGUGGAUGACCAUCGUGCAUCCUGGACCCUGGACUCAGCUACCUCCAGCUCCAGCUCCUGUACCGGCUCCUCGAUCCAAGUCUGUCUCUAACCUGCGGGUGUCAUGGAAUAGACCCAAAAUGCCUCCUCUGAAUCCCUUCGAAGAGGAAGAAGAAGAGGAAGACAACCAGAGAGAAGCUGCUCAGCAGGAAUCUGGGGACCAAACUGUGGCAGUAGUCUGUUCAGAGAACGGUGGGAACACAGAUGCGGAAAAUCCUAACAUUUCAUCUGAGGAGAAUAAAAUGAAACCACCUGAGAAACCCAUUCUAACAAAGAAAUCAGGCUUCAGAGAUGGUGGAGGAGAUACAGCACGUGAUUCAGAAAAGGAAAUGAGUGGAGUUACUAACAAAGUGGAAGCUUCUAGUGAACCAUGUGGAGAUGUUUGUCAGAUUGGUUCAUCAGCUGUCUCUAAAGCAGCACCGAGGCUGGAUAAAUCCUCAGAAGCAACACAGAGUCAUGUUUUACCCAGAAGUCUUUCUGUGCCAUCGAUCCCAUCUGACCUGACUCCCUCAGUGCCUGCUGGGCUGAAAGAGGCAAAUGAAGGCGUCACAUCAGAGAAAAAUAAGCUUGCCUGCAAAGAAAACCCUUUUGAUCGAAAACCUGCUCUGACCAAAUCAACGACUUUUCAGGAUCUGUCCUCCAGUCGGGGCCCUGCUCCCGGACACGGUUUCCCACUCAUCAAGAGAAAAGUGCAGACAGACCAGUGUGUUUCUACAGAAGACCUCCAGGUGCAGAUGAGAGAAGUGGAUCGACAUCUGGAAGCCCUGGAGCAAAAAGGAGUUGAACUGGAGAGGAAUCUGAGGGACUGCAAGAACGAUAAAGAGGAGGAACACAUGCUAACAGAGUGGUUCUAUCUCGUCCAUGAGCGGCAUGUUCUGACACGCCAAGAUACAGAACUGGUUUAUCUGACAAAGCAGCAAAAGUUAGAGGACAGACAGGCAGAUGUGGAGUACGAGCUCCGAUGUCUCCUCAAUAAACCGGAGUGUGACUGGAAUCAGGAGGAUCGAGGUCGAGAGCAGCAGCUGAUGAAUGAACUUGUGGACAUCAUCGAACAGAGGAACCAGAUCAUCAGCUGCUUGGAUCAAGACAGGCAGAGGGAAAGAGAAGAAGAUCUGCUUUGGGAAGACAUGAAGAAGAAUAAAUGCUCCCAGAAGGAAGGACCUAAGGAGCUCAAGAAGUCAAAAGGAAAGUUCAAACCCACAAAAGUAUUUAAGAUGCUGAACCAUAAAACAGAGAGCAGCAAGGACUCCCCGCACAAAAAGAGCUGAAGAACCGCCAUUACUGCAGAUGAGCUGCUUUCAGAUGACAAGAAUGUAAAAAUGGAAGAUGAUCAGAGUAUGAAAUAUUUAGUAAGCUUAUGUUAAAGCACAGCUCAGUAGCUUUGACUAAAUAAAACUUUUCUCAGUGAAAAUAUUCAGUAUUAUCGAUGUGCAUUUUCUCUUUCUACUGGCUUUUUUUUAUCUGGCUCUACUUGCUAUGUAAUAGAUGAUUAUGUAUUUUUUUAUUGUAUUACAUGCUUGUAUUUGUUGAAGUAUACGAUGUCUUGACUGUAAAAAGGAAUUAAUAUUAAAUCACGUUGAUGGA